UCUCUCGUAGGGUGCCGUAGAAAAGAUGUGUAAACAGAGAAGAUUACAAACUGUUCCAGAGUUCCACCAGUUCAACUCUUUGGGGUCGGGGAUCUCUUCUUGCUACGUUUUCUUUUGUUGAUUAUCCAAACAUAGUUGUUGGAGGCGCAUGACAGCUGACAGCCUUCUCUUGCCAGCAAAGCCUGAAAUCUAGCUCAGACAGCUAAAAAGACAGACGUCAGACGUUGAUUGCCUCAUUCACUUGACAGGAGCUUGUCGUCUAACGUUAGCGGGCAUGGAGGAAGCCAAUCAAGAUGCCUUUGACAGAGCCAGGCUGCAGGUGAUCAAAGACGGCUAUGAGAAGGCCUUUGAGUGCAUUAACAGGGGCCUGACAGAGGAUGAAUCUGGCCACAAGGCCCAGGCCCUGGCCGAGUACAGACAGGGGCGCCAGCACCUCCUCAGGGCCAUCAGCGUGCCCUCACAGGGGCACGAGUGUGUGGGCAGCUCCUGGGAGUCAGCCCGCCAGAUGCAGCACAAGAUGCAGGAGACUCUGAACAACAUCACCACUCGAUUGGCAGUCCUAGAGACCAGCCCAGACCCUGAGCUCCCACCCCCUCUAGAUGCCUCUAAUGGAGUCCCUGGAACAGCCUCUAACUCUAACCUCUACCCCAAACUGGAGAAGGAGAAACCAGAGCGGCCAUCUCCACCCAAGCUGCUGAUGACUAACUGCCAGGCUGGAGCUGUGGGAGGCAGUGUGUCUUCCUCCCUGCCUCUUUCUCCCACUAGGCAGCCUGCGGUGCCUGGCGAGCUGCCCCCAGCCUACUCCUCCCAGGCGGCUGACGGCCACCUGACUAUCUCCUACGGGACAGAGUCUGGAGAGAUGUCACUGGUGGGAGAGGAGUUUUACAACCACAUGUCCCCCUCUCCCCCCUCUCCUCAGAGCCUAGGGGAGGAUGGAGAGGAACUCUUCUUCCUGUCUCAUGGGGUGCAGAUAUUCUUUGUCACACCUGACGGCCAGGUCAGCGCUCCCUCCUACCCAGGGUACCUGCGGAUGGUCAAGUUCACCAGCCAGCAGUCAGAGAGAGUCCCCAACCGCCCCCCAGCCUUCCUGCAGGUUUGUGAUUGGCUGUACCCGCUGAUGGCCACUGAUUCCCCCGUCCUGCUGUGUAACACAGGGGUGUUCAUGUUCCCGGACAUGAUGGCUUCCGCCCCGGGGUCCUACGUGGGCGUUGUGCUGUCCUCUGAACUGCCUGCAGAAGACAGACAACUGUUCCAGGACCUGCUGUCCCAGAUGACAGACCUUAGGGUGCAGGCUCCAGAUGAGGCAGCAGACAGCAUCAACCUGAGCCAGAAGGUGUCCAUCGCUCCCCCCGAGGAAGAGGAGGCCCCAGCAGCAGGAGAGGAGGAGGAGGAGAAGAACCUGCCAGAGUGGAGCGAGAAGGUGGCCAGCGGCAUCCUCACAGGGGCAUCGUGGCUGAGCUGGGGCCUGGUGAAGGGAGCUGAGUUCACUGGCAUAGCCAUCCACAAGGGGGCGUCCAAACUGCGGGAGCACAUCACCCCCGAGGACAAGCCAGCCCAUGUCAGCCCCUCUGUCUCCAAGGGAUUGCAUGUAGCCAAACAGGCCACCGGGGGCGCUGUCCGUGUCAGCCAGUUCCUGGUGGACGGUGUGUGUAUGGUGGCAGGAUGUGUGGGGAGAGAGCUGGCUCCCCAUGUGAAGAAACAUGGAGGCAAGUUGGUCCCGGAGUCCAUGAAGAAAGACAAAGAUGGACGAUCCAACAUCGAUGGAGCCAUGGUGGUGGCUGCCAGCGGAGUUCAAGGCUUCGCUACCAUGUGGACCGGCUUGGAAGUAGCAGCAAAGAACAUCACCGUCUCUGUUGCCUCAGAAACCGUCAACACUGUCAAGCAUAAGUAUGGGGCGGCAGCCGGCCAGGCCACAGACCAUGCUGUGAACUCCGCCAUUAACAUGGGCGUCACCGCCUUCAACAUUGACAACCUGGGCAUCAAAGCUGCGGUGAAGAAGACUGGCAAACAGACGGCCGUGGCCAUCCUGGAGGACUACCAGCUACAGGACCCUAACACUAACCAGAAACAAGUGGAGAAACGGGACAAAUAGGCCCCAUCCAGGAACAAGUUUUACGUCCCAAAUGGCAGCCUAUACCCUAAAUAGUCACUACUUUUGACCAGAGAAAGAUAUAGAGAAUAGGGUGCGAUUUGGGACACAGUCAACCCCUAGCCCCAUGACACUUGCCCUAACCUCUACCCACAGAGCACUGGUGUAGAAAUGAGAGGACUGGAUAGGUGUGAGGCAAAACUUCUACCUGCCAAGUCUGUCAUAGGGAAAGGCUGAGGUACUACCAUAUUGAUUAAACAUAUCCUAUUCUUUCAGAUCUACCCAAGUGCCUAGAGGGUAAAGGCUAGGACUGUAUCCCAAAUGGCACCCUAUUCCCGAUAUAGUGCACUACAAAGGGAAUGGGGUGCCAUUUGGGGCACACCCAUGUCCUCCUCUCUCUCCUUUAGAGCCUUAAUUAACACACAAUUUGUAUUCUUCUAUAAAGAAAUCUAUCUAUAUGUGAAUUAUUUAUUUACAAUACAUAUUUUAUAUUUGCAUACUAGUUGACUAAUAGCCUAUAGAUAUGUUACUAGGUUUUGAAACUGUUAAGCGCACUAAUCUUCAUAAUGAACGGUAUAAUGACAUUAUAAUAAUGUGAUAAAUAUAAUAAUAACUAAGAUGGACAUUGUAUGUAGGUAGGCUGAUGUACAAUUGCUAAAUUAUUUGUGUGAAAUGUUGGUGAGAAGAAGACGCUGGAAUUUAAUAAGUCAGGUAUGCGAUACAAAUAUAAACUGAAAACAGGAUUAUUAAAAAAAAAAUCAGAUGGAACAGUUGUCUGUUUCAAGACUACUGCUGAUGACCUAUUGUAGUGAUACUGUAGUAAGAGUAGUAGUAUUACUGUAGUAGUAUUACUGCAGUAGUACUGUAGUAACACUGUCCACAGUUCAGUCAAUCUGGAGGUAAAGGUGUAUCUGAGGCGAGGUUGCACAAUUCCGGUAACUGUCCCAAAAUCCCCAGGUUUUCCAGAAAUUCUGGUUGGAGGAAUCUGGAUUUUCUGCUUAUUCCCGCCUAGUCACUUCCCCCAUCCAUAACCCGAGGCCAGCAUUCGUUCUGUGUUUCAAGAUUAAUUUCCUCCUGAUUCCUGGAAUCUUCCAAAAGGAAUUUCUGGAAAACCUGGGAAUUUUGCAAAAGUUACAGGAAAUGUGCAACCCUUAUCUGAAAGUCAAGGUGUAUAGGGGGGAAGAAACCCAUCAGCAUGAUAACUAUGUGCUAUAAGAAUACAUGUUUGGGUUCAUUUAAUCAAUUAAAUAAUGUUCAUGUGUGAAACAAGACAAAAACCAAGCAUGCACAGGAAUAAAUGUAGUUUGUAUAGCU